AUGAUGGCUGGUGGCGCGGAGCCAUUGACACAAGUUGUGGAACCACGAGGGCGAAACCGCGUUGGACCACCACAAUGGCCAUGUGCAAGACAGCCGUGGAAUUUCCCCACAACCGUUAGCCGCUGGCGUCCAAAACAAAUACUCGCGUCACAAGAAAACUCCCCAUCGCUAUGUGAUCUUCUGGACUUUCAGCCAUCAUGUAAGACAAACGGACCCCUACACCUCACUGCUGAGGCACAUCUUCAACCACCAUUUCACCACUCUUGUUACGUUGUUCCUGCGCAUAGGGCUCUAACGUCAUCUCCCUGA